AUGAGAUUCUUACUCACCUUGACGUGCAUACUAUCGUCUGUUCUCUCUGCAAUUGUGGGAAUAGAUUAUGGACAGCAAUUCACAAAGGCGGUGUUAUUAGCACCUGGCAUUCCAUUUGAAUUGGUAUUGACGGACGAAGGAAAAAGAAAAGACUUGUCGGGUAUCUGUAUUAGAAAAGAGCCUGACGGUGGAUUAGAAAGGGCCUAUGGAUCACAAAUGGGCUCAUUGGUCACCAGAUUUCCCCAGAGUACUGUCUUGGAUUUAAAACAAUUGAUUGGUAAAACAUUUGACGAUCCUGCCACUGAAAAAUAUUUAAGAACCCACUUUGGCAUCAAGUUGUUAGGAGAUGAGUCUAGGAAUAAUGCCAUUAAGUUUGAUCUUGGAUUGGGAAAUUCAAGUUAUCAAUUUUCAGUGGAAGAAUUAUUGGCAAUGUCGUUGAACGAGGUGAAAGCAAGGGCAUUGAAUGAUCUCGAGGAGAACCCCCACGCAGCAGCAUUGGUUGAAGAUGUUGCAAUCAGUAUACCACCAUUUUCUUCCCAGGCAACUCGUCAAGCCUAUUUGGAUUCCUUAUACUUGGCUAAUUUUUCAAAUGUUUUAGGCUUGGUGGAUGAGGGAACUUCUGUUGCGCUCAACUUUGCAGGAAAUAAAAAGUACGACCAAUCUGAGUACAAUGAUGUUACCGAGUAUCACUUGGUGUUUGACGCUGGUGCUGGUUACACUACGGCAACUUUGUUCUCCAUUACUCCACGAUCGAACGGAAAAGUUGUUUUGAAAAUGGAAAGCGUUGGGGAAGAUUUACUAUUUGGUGGAAAGACCUUGACGGAGUCAGUUUAUUCCAUUGUGUUGGAAAAAUUACUCAACCACUUUGGUUUGGAAUCGUCAGAUCUUUCUGAAAAGAUUCAUGCCAGACUAUAUGAGGUUGCUGAAAAAGCAAAGAUCAUUUUGUCUGCAAAUACUGAGUAUCAUUCCACUUUGGAAUCUAUUUAUGGUGACAAAGAUUUCAAAGUUCUGGUUACAAGAGACGAGUUUGAGGAGUUUAAUUCAGAUUUAAUGGAGAGAGUCACCAAACCAAUAGCGAGUGCCCUUAAGAAAUCCGGCUUGAGUGUAAAGGAUUUGAAAUCAGUCAUUUUGAAUGGAGGGUCAACCAGAGUACCAUUUGUUCAAAAACACGUGUCGUUGUUUGUGGGUGAGGACAAGAUAUCCAAAUCAGUAAAUACCGAUGAGAGUUCUGCUUUGGGAACUACGCAAAUGGGCUUGAAAUUGAAAACCAAGACACAGAAUCCUAAAGACAUCAAGUUAAUUGACAGAAGUUAUCACAAUUUUGAGGUUAGCACAAACGCAAACGAUGAGCAAUUGGUUGUCUUUGGCGAAGAAUCUGAGGUCGGAAACACGACGAAAGUAAAUCUUGGAGAAGUUGGUGAUCUGUUGUCUAUUUCCUUGUUUGAGGAUGGCUCGUUGAUCAAGUCGUACAGUUUUGGCGAUAUCUCCAAUGCCGUUCAAAAGUUGGGUUGCAAGUCGGGAGAAAGUAAGGAAGUGAUAGCUACUUUUGAGCUUAAUAAGAGCAAGAUCUUUGAUCUUGUGAAGACCAACAUACAGUGUCAACCAAAGAACACUGGCUCCUUUUUGAAGAAUUUGCUCAAAAAUAACGGCGUCCAAGAUGUGCUAGAUGUUGAUGCUGAUGAGGAAGAAGGAGAAACGGAUGAAGGAUUUAAUUCAACAUCCAGCGACACAAAUUCAACUAGCAGUGAUUCCAAAGCAAAAGCAUCAAAAGCAUUGAAAUCUACCUAUGUUUCAAUCCCCUCAGCAACAUACCCUCACGUGAAACCAAUAGGCAAGGACCAAAAGAAGAAACUACUUCGAAAACUUGCCCAUUUGAAUCGUUUAGAUGAAGCAAAGAUCGAGUUAACAGCAGUUAGAAACGAAUUGGAGAGUCACUUGUACAAGUUAAGAGACUUAAUUGAGUCGAAUGAAGAUGCUUUAAAAAAGGAAUUGAGUGACAAGGAGAUAGCAAAGUUUGUCAAUUAUGUUGGGGAACAAAUUGAGUGGUUAGAUUUUGAGAGCGAUGGUGCCGUGAUUGAUGACUUGAAGCAAAAAAUCAAGGACGUUGGCGGACGUGAAUCAGAAAUCAAGAGUUACCUUGACAUGUCAAAUACUGAUUUAUCAAAAGAUGGCAUGAAAAAGUUAUAUGAAGAUGGUUCAAGUUUGAUCAUGACUAUUCAGUCUAGCAUGUUGAAAUUUGGCGAACAAAUUGCAGAAGUGCGUAAAAAGUAUGACAAUGCUGGGUUAAACUUUGAUAAAGAAAACGAUAGGAUUAAGUUGAAACUCAUGGGCAAAGAAGACAAAAUGUUGUCAUUCGACAGAAAUUUGCGGGAGUAUAGAGAGGUUAUUAGCAAAAUUGGAGAUUUGUUAGAUUUCCCUGACUCCAAGUUCAACAAAAUCAGCAAAAAAGAAUUGUACAGCUUCCACGAUGCUUUGGCAAAGGGAGUUGCUCAAAUGGUAAUUGACCUUUUCGAGUUGGAAAAAACCCACAACGACCGAGUUAAAUUAUUCGAUGAGCAAUAUGAUAAACUAAUUGAGAGACAGCAACAGAAGGAGUACAGAAAGAAGUUGAGAGAAGCUGCUAAAGAGGCGGAGAAGAAGGCUGCAAGUGAAAACCAAGAUGAUGAAGCUGCUGUUGUAGAAGACGAAACUAGGUCACGUUCUGAGAAUGACGCAGAAUCAUCUAGUACCAUCAAUGAGGAAGCACCUAAAGAGGCCAAUCCAUCUAGCGAAGCUGAUAACAAUGGUGCUGAUAUUGACCAUGAUGAAUUGUAG